AUGAAUAAUCAAGAAGAUGGAAUGGUGGAAAUGUACGCCUUCAUUGUCAGAGAUGAAAAAAUUCCCGCCUGUUGUCGUCCAGCAUCCCCUAUCACCAACGAAAGCUUUCUUACUGGGGUUAUUGAGAUGCCAAAGCUGCCCAAGGGUAUUUAUGACGAUGUCGGUCACAUGUGCUGCAGCCAAAAAUGCCAGCUUUUGACGGUUAUACAAAGAGUCAAUAAUCACCAUCUUAUUAAACCGAUAGAAGCUCAGCAUUUGCCUCCACCGGUUCACGACGACGACAGUUUAAUGACAGUACCGAGACAUGAUCUGAAAGAGAGAAUAGCGGCAAAUUUAAUGCAAGUUGAUGAAAAACUUACUUCAAUUGACUGGAGUAAAAUAGAGGAGGAAACAAAACCAAAAGUCCGAGUAACUGACCAGGAAAAAAUUGAAAAAUUUGCCAAGGAAAUUGUUGACGAGACGAUGGGUCGUUUGGAAGAAGUUUUAGAAACCAAUGUGACUAGCGAUGUUGGAGCCAAGCAUAAAGAUACUUGCAUGUGA